AUGAAACAGGCAUCUUCUGGUGAUAGCAAAAAAAUUGUUGGAGUUUCUAACAAAGCCAACGAAUACGCUACCAAGAACCCUAACUUCCUUGGCUGCGUCGAGAAUGCAUUAGGAAUCCGCGACUGGCUUGAAUCACAAGGACAUCAGUACAUUGUCACUGAUGACAAAGAAGGCCCUAACUGCGAACUUGAGAAACAUAUCCCGGAUCUUCAUGUCCUAAUAUCCACUCCUUUUCACCCGGCUUAUGUGAAUGCUGAAAGAAUCAAGAAAGCCAAGAAUCUGAAGCUUCUUCUCACGGCUGGUAUUGGGUCGGAUCACAUUGAUCUCCAGGCAGCUGCAGCUGCAGGCUUGACUGUGGCUGAAGUCACGGGAAGCAACGUGGUCUCAGUAGCAGAAGAUGAGCUCAUGAGAAUCCUUAUCCUCAUGAGAAACUUUGUACCAGGGUACAACCAGGUCGUCAAUGGCAAGUGGGACGUCGCCAGCAUUUCGUACAGAGCUUAUGAUCUGGAAGGGAAGACCAUAGGAACUCUAGGAGCUGGAAGAAUCGGAAAGCUUUUGCUACAACGGUUGAAACCAUUCGGGUGUAACUUAUUAUACCAUGACCGGCUUCAAAUGGCAGCAGAGAUGGAGAAAGAGAUUGGAGUUAAGUACAUUGAGAAUAUGCAUGAAAUGCUCCCUCAAUGCGACAGUUUAGUCAUCAACAUGCCUCUCACAGAGAAGACAAGAGGAUUAUUCAACAGAGAGCUGAUAAGGAAAAUGAAGAAAGGCGUUUUGAUAGUGAACAACGCAAGUGGAGCCAUCAUGGAGAGCCAAGCGGUGGUGGAUGCUAUGGAGAGUGGGCACAUUGGAGGGUACAGCGGAGACGUGUGGGACCCACAACUAGCUCCUAAGGACCACCCAUGGUGUUACAUGCCUAACCAAGCCAUGACCUCCCACAUCUCCGGCACCACUAUUGACGCUCAGCUACGAUAUGCGGCGGGGACGAAAGACAUGUUGGAGAGGUACUUCAAAGGAGAGGACUUCCCUGCUUAGAAUUACAUCGUCAAGGACGGUGAACUUGCUCCUCAAUACCGGUAAGGUUUUGAUAAGGUUGACGGUGGAAGAUGAUGAGAAGCGACCUCAACAUUCAAGCAAACAAAAAAAAAUAAAAGUAUUUGGACCUUAAAUAACUUGUUCAUCUGUCCGUUUAGUUUAAUAUGUUAUUUCAGAAGCACAAUAAUAGGAUGGCACUUCCCAUGUU